AUGGAACAGGAAAGGCUGAUGGAAGAGGGCCGGACGGAUGAGCAGCCCCACAUCGAGGACCAAAAGUCCUUCUGUGAUCGCUGCAUCGUUUGCCUUGGGCCACGCUAUGUGACUUUGCUCACUGAAGAGGAGAGAGAUGCCGUGUGGCACAUGCGGCGCCAGGUCGUCAACAACCCAAAGCCCGAGGAUGCUGAGCUGCAGAAGCAGGUCUUGUUGCUUUGGAAUACGGCUUUCCCGGAUGAGAAGCUUGAUCUCUUUGAGAAGGGUCAGGGAUGGAAGAAGCUGGGCUUUCAGGGGACGGACCCUUCAACCGACGUAAGAACUGGAAGUUGGCCUUUGGAGCAGCUAGUUGCUCUGGCCACGCACCAUCCGACCGAAUUCAGAAGAAUGGUCCAGGAGGCUUCGCACUCUGCCUCUUUUUACUUGUUUGCGAUUUCGUGCUUCAACGUUUCGCACAUGUUGGUGCUCUUCUUUGACCUCCACACUUUUGCCUCUGUGUCACCCUUGGGCCACGUGCCGCGUGCUAGCAAGCGACAGCUACGGAACUUGGCUCGGCUUGCGGGGCUGCUCAGAUGGUGUCACCCGGGGAAGGCUGGAGAUGGUCAGCUCCUGUGUAGAGGAAGGUGGGUGAGAGUGAUGAAAUUGGAGAAAUAA